CGAGGACCUUCAUUCAUGUCCUCAAACACAGGGUUACCGCCCGAGUGCCUCUUGGACAUCAAGAGGGAGGAUAUGAAUGUGGAAAUAGAAUGAUCAUAGAGAUCUAAAUGAGCUCCAAUUGAAGUCACAAAUAGACCUAUAUACCAGUAUGAUAAACUUCAUAGCAGCAUACACACAAAGCUUGAAGAUACGGACGAGAACAACAGUUGAAAUAGAACAACAGAUUUAAUUUAUAACAACUACCAUAUCUAAUUCGGUGGAGCCUCUGAUACGAAGCGUAAGGGUCCAGGAACUGCAGGUCGUCAUCCUUGAAUAGGUGGUGGUCAAGCUCUUCCAUGGAUGCCGCUUCCAUCUCUGUCCCAACAAAGGAGGCAAUGGAUCACCACCCUACCGUCAUUUGCUCGGCAGUCCCGCAACCCCCAUCUCCUUCUCCGGCUCAAGUCCUUGUCUCUUAGACGCCCUUGAUAGGCUGCGGCUCCCAAUAUUCAUCGCUAAAUUGCUACGUGGGUUUAAGUUUUUGUAAUAAACGAAAUCAUGUCGUUUUCUAAACGCUUAAAUGCUUUCUAAACGCCAAUCUUUCAAAUUUUAAUCAUGCUCCAAAAGAGAGAUUAGUGUGGAACUACUUUGCUUUCUUUUUGUUUAUUUAGACGAGGAAAAGAAAUGCUUCUUAGAACAACCAUGUCGUCGUCGUCGUCACAUUUGAAAGCUUCCCGUUAUCUCACCUUUGAAAUCUCCAAUCACCCGCGGCAUGAGCCCCUUAUGUUUUUGGCUGACAAUCUCUUACAUUUCCUGCAAAACUGCGUUUCCACCAAACAGGUCCAACAAAUUCACACCCAGUGCCUCGUUCACUCCAUUCACAAACCCAACUUUCUUCUCCGGAAAAUCAUUCAGCUCAAAGACUUCACCUACGCUAAUCUUUUCUUCUCUCACAUCCCCUCCCCUAACGAGUAUGGUUUUAACAUAAUGAUCAGAGCUCUCGCUACUACGUGGCAACACUUUGGUUUCGCCUUACAAUCUUAUUCCAAGAUGAAGUCUCUAGGCCUAAAACCCGACAAUUUCACUUACCCAUUUGUGUUCAUAUCAUGUGGGAGUCUUCCGGCUGUACACCUUGGUAAAUUAGCUCACUGUGAGGUGGUGAAAAGUGGGUUAUGUUUGGAUUUUCACAUCAGGCAUUCGUUGAUUACGAUGUACUCAAGGAUGGGUGAGUUGGGACUCGCGCGGAAGGUGUUUGAUGAAAUUAUCGACAGAGAUUUGGUGUCGUGGAAUUCGAUGAUAUCAGGGUAUUCUCAGACGGGUUGUGCUACAGAGGCUGUGGAGUUGUUCGGAUAUAUGAAGGCUCAGGGUGUUGAACCUAAUGAGAUGACACUUGUAAGUGUUCUUGGAGCUUGUGGGGGCUUGGGGGACUUGAAUUUGGGGAGGUGUAUUGAGCUCUAUGUUCUACAGAAAAAAGUUGAACUAAAUUCUUUCAUAGGCUCUGCUUUGAUCAGCAUGUAUGGGAAAUGUGGUGAUUUGGCUUCAGCCAAGAGGAUCUUCGAUGGCAUGAAGAAGAAAGAUGUAAUAAUCUGGAAUGCAAUGAUUUCAGGAUAUGCACAAAAUGGACUUUCUGACGAAACAAUCUCAUUAUUCAACACCAUGAAGGAGGAGGAAGUUCAUCCUAAUAAAAUCACACUGGUUGUGGUGCUAUCCGCAUGCGCCUCUAUUGGAGCCCUAGAUAUUGGGAAAUGGAUUGAUGAAUAUGCAUCAAGAAGGGGAUUGAGGCAUGAUAUUUAUGUUGGCACGUCGUUGAUUGACAUGUACGCAAAAUGUGGAAGUGUGAGUUGUGCAUACAAAAUUUUUGAAAGCAUGACAAAGAAGAAUAGAGUGUCAUGGAAUGCAAUGAUCUCAGCUCUUGCAUUUCAUGGGAGAGCCUUUGAGGCUCUGUCUCUAUUUGACCGUAUGUUAGCUGAGGGUGAUGUUAAUCUGCCUGAUGAUAUCACAUUUGUUGGAGUCCUUUCCGCAUGUGUUCAUGCAGGAUUGGUUGAUGAAGGUUACCAGAUGUUUAGUUUGAUGAGAUGUUAUGGACUUGCUCCGAAAAUUGAGCAUUACUCUUGUAUGGUUGAUCUUUUGUGUCGUGCUGGGCGUGUUGAGGAAGCAUGGGUCCUGAUUGAGAAGAUGCCUGAGAAACCUGAUGAGGUUCUAUUAGGUGCAGUACUUGGUGCCUGCCAUAAAGUAAAAAAUGAGAAAAUUGGUGAACGAGUCAUGAAUCUUAUUCUGCAUAUGGAACCAUCAAACUCAGGUAAUUAUAUAAUAUCUUCAAAGAUUUAUGCACGCAUGAAGAGAUGGGAUGAAUCAGCAAGGAUGUUAAAACUGAUGAAAGAGAAAGGGGUGACUAAAACACCUGGUUGCAGCUGGAUUGAGAUUGAUUCUCAUGUUUUUGAAUUUCUUGCUGGUACCUUGUUACACAGUCAAUUUGCAAAAGAAAUAUAUGAAGUUCUUCAGUUGCAAUAUGAGGAGAUGAAGACGGUAGCUGACACAUCAGCAGUUGAUUUUUGCGUACAAGGAGCAUGAUUUAGGCAAUGAUGGUGACAAUUUAGUUGGAUUGCUUAAAAUCACUACGUGCCUCUGAAUCUAGCUUGUUGUGAAAUAAUAUCAAGAUUCAACAAGGAUGCAUUAGCAUCUUCCAUUUCACCAUAUUCUAUAGAGCACAUAUACAUAUAUUUGGGCUCUAACCUGUCCUUUGUCUAGAGGAGUAUUCUUGAAUAGUUGAAUCAAAUGGAGCAAUUCAGAAGAAUUACAUAUGGAGAGUGGGGGAUGGACAAGUCAAUUAAUAUCUGCACUGAUUCUCAGUUGCCGGACCUAGACAAUUCGCAAGUAGUGAGUCUAGUGACAUCUCCUUUACCGGUUUCUGCAUGAUGCUCAAGUGAAGGGCCUACUUGAUGUGGAAAUCUGACAGUGGGAAAGGGAGGUUGUCUCUGACAUCUUGGGCACAAGGGGCGCUAAGCUUGUGGGAGGCAUUCCUCUAAACUUAUGAUCAUUACCUGAUAAGGUUAUUUGAUGCUUGAAGCCGAGGAAAACUACUCAGUGAAAAGCUGCUAUAGGUCUCUGAGACUCUGAUGGGGUGGGUUCGAGUGGUUGGUUUGGCUGGACAAAUAUAUUAUGACAGUUUUGGAUUUCACCAAAGGUCAAAAGCUUUUUCUGACAGAUGUUUUCAGGGUGUCUCCUGACAUACGGUCAUUUAUGUUGUAGAGUGUUUGUAUCUCCAAUUUGCUCAUUCUGCCAGAAGGGGGCUGAAAGUGCAGACCAUAUUUUACUUUGACGCGAAUUUGCUAAGAGAUUGUGGUAAAUGCAAGGUUGGCUUUUUACAGAUAAUGGAGGGAGCUCGUUCUUGGAGUGGAUAGAAGAUUUAUUCUCAUUCAAAAGCGAGCAAGAUUGUAGUAAGUUGAUCAUGUUGUGUUGGAGCAUAUGUGGCAUGUUCGAGAUGAAAAAUGCUGGAACGACAAGCGGAGUGAUUUAUUGCAGCCAGAGCAUGCCCAUGGCGGGGGGGCUUUGUGGCGUAGGAUUGCGGGAAGAUGAGGCUUUUAGUACACUAGAAGCCUUCAGUUGAACGAAGCCACAAGGUUGGGAUGAUAUUGACAUGGAAUCCGACGUUCUUCAUGUGAUAUCGGCUAUAAACACACGGGCGGGACAUUCUCAAAUUGGACUUCCCAUUGGAUAUAUGAAAUUAGCGACAUGGAUGCAGAUCAACAAGAUCAGAGAAAAGGGAAGGAGACAGGGAUGAUGCAAACGUAACAUUUUUUUUAAUAAGCCAAAUGACGUCAUUAUGAGAUUGGUAUAUCAUGGGCAUGUUAUAAUAAUCUCAUACUCCUUCUGUAUUUUAAUGUUUGCUACACUUUCCUUUUUGGGAUGUAUUUAAAAGUUUGAUACACUUCCAUUUUUGGUAAGUUUACCCUUUAUAAAAUACUCAACUAUUCAUACUUUUUUUUCC